AUGGGCCUCUGCUUGGCACCUGCGCUGCUGCUGCUGCUGCUGCUGCUGCUGCAGUUGCUGGUCUUGGAGCUUCACACUCAUUCCUUGGCUUCACCGUCUCGGGGAGGCCGGGCCAAAUCUCGGUGCGCCCGACCCACCCGUGACGUGUUGCAGGACUCCCCAGAGCCAGGGGCCGCCCGUCCCCGCGACAGAGGGGCGGUCAGUGCCAGCCGGUCACGCCUCGGAGCCACACGCUGCGCUCCUCCGAUUCCGCGCGCCCCGCGCCUUCAGAGGGCGUGGCCGGGGGACAAGCGCGCUGGUAAGGCUCCCCGAGAACUGCAGCUGUCCGCCGCUCCCUCAGGGUCACCUGGCUCGUCCGGACGGAACCGAUGCCUGGACGCGGCCGAGGCGUGUACGGCGGACGCGCGGUGCGAGCGGCUGCGCACCGAGUACGUGGCUCAGUGCUUGGGUCGGGUCGGGGCCGGAGGCUGCCCCCGGGCCCGCUGCCGCCGCGCCCUGCGCCGCUUCUUCGCCCGCGCGCCUCCCGCGCUCACCCACGCGCUGCUCUUCUGCCCGUGCGCCACCGCCGCGUGCGCCGAGCGCCGGCGCCAGACCUUCGUGCCAGCCUGCGCCUUCGCGGGGCCCGGGCCGGCGCUGCCCUCCUGCCUCGCACCCUUAGACGCCUGCGAACACAGCCGGAUCUGCCGGCCCCGCCUCUUGGCCUUCCAGGCCUCCUGCUCGCCCGCCCCCAGCGCCCCCGACGGCUGUCUGCUGGAUGAGGCCCCCAGCUGCCUGCGUGCCUACGCAGGCCUCGUGGGCACCGCCGUCACUCCCAACUAUGUGGACAACGCGAGCGCGCGCGUGGCGCCUUGGUGCGACUGUGGAGCCAGCGGAAACCGGCGUGAGGAGUGCGAAGCCUUCCGGGGGCUCUUCACCAGGAACCGCUGCUUGGAUGGUGCCAUACAGGCCUUUGACAGUGGGUGGUCUACAAUCCUGAAGAACCAGCCAGAUGUCCGCCAGGACCCUGAGCACAGCCUCCUGCAGCCCCUGCUCUGACUAGGACGGCCAACCUUGGACGACAACAUCAUACUGACAGCCAUACUGCCUGGGAUAUAGGGCCCCAUCUGCACCCUCUUGCCCCCUGAAAGUGGACUGGCUUGCCUCCCAAGCUGACUCCAGUGCUCUUGCACUGCUGUUCUUUUUAGGUCUGGACACCCUGUGUGCCUGUUCCCUAGAGUGAGGGAUUUGGGGCUGAGGGCCCGAUGCAAAGCCCCUAGUUUCCCUUUCAGUGGGUUUCUUGGUUGUAGGUCCUUCUGUCCACUGACCUUGGAACAGUCAGCUUCUCCUACAGGGUAGGGAUGGGAAGUGGUCACCUUUGUAGCUAAGGCCUCAGUGGGGCCCCAGAUCACCUACAAGUCAGAAACCAUCCAAAUUCCAAGAAUUUUAAGAGAUUUUUACCAGCUUCCCCGAAGAGAACAUACCCUAAGGAGUACAUCUGGACAGACUUACAGGUAAACUUUUUUUUUUAACACUGCAGCCUUUCAUGGCACCUUCCCAGGGAGGCACCACCUGUCAUGAUAUCCACCUAGGCCCCAUCGACUAAUGUUAUUAAGGUUCUUCCCAACCACGAUAUGCUGCUUGGUGGGCACCACCUGGAGUGAGAUUCCAGUCCCCUGCAUUGCACUGGUCAUGUCACCAUCUUCCCUGUGGUUUAACCUAGCACUAUGAAUGGCAACCAUAGCUCAAUAAACCUGUAUGCA